UUUCUUUGUGUCUAGUGGAAAGAAAACACUUGACAGUCCCGCAUUCGCGUAGCGAUGCUCAUCUAUAUUAAGACGGUCACGUAGUUUCCCCUCGAGUGUUCAAAGUGACGGGAAUCUAAAGGGUGGAGGAUGAAGAGGCGCAAUGCGGACUGCAGCAAACUCCGUCGCCCGUUGAAACGGAACCGAAUCACCGAGGGUAUUCACAGCAGUACCUUCCUGUACCUGAAGUUCCUGGUCGUUUGGGCGCUGGUUCUGCUGGCUGAUUUUGUGCUGGACUUCAGGUUCGAGUACCUGUGGCCUUUCUGGCUGUUCAUCAGGAGCGUUUAUGAUUCCUUUAGAUAUCAGGGACUGGCGUUCUCUGUGUUCUUUGUGUGUGUCGCAUUCACAUCAGACAUCAUCUGCCUCCUGUUCAUCCCCAAGCAAUGGCUGUUCUUCGCCGCCAGCACGUAUGUCUGGGUGCAGUACGUGUGGCAUACAGAGCGAGGUGUGUGUCUGCCGACUGUCUCUCUCUGGAUUCUCUUCGUCUACAUCGAAGCAGCCAUCCGAUUCAAGGAUUUGAAACAUUUUCACGUAGACCUCUGCCGUCCAUUCGCAGCUCACUGCAUUGGCUAUCCCGUGGUGACGCUGGGCUUCGGAUUCAAGAGUUAUGUGAGCUAUAAGAUGCGUCUUCGCAAACAAAAGGAGGUGCAGAAGGAAAAUGAGUUCUACAUGCAGCUCCUACUGCAGGCCCUGCCUCCAGAACAACAGAUGCUUCAGAGACAGGAGCGAGAGACCGAGGAGGCCAUCUCAAAAGGCAUGUCUGAAGCAGACUCGGUCCUAGUGGCUCAGAACGGCUCUGCUAUUUCCAAGAAGCUGCCCAUCUCUCUGCCUGAACUAGAGUACAAGGAGAAGGGCAAAGACGGGGGGAAAGACAAAAAACAGCAUCAGCAGCACAGCAUAGGAAUAAACAACAACAUCCUACAGACUGUGGAUGCUAAACUACAGGAUAUUGAGUAUAUGGAGAACCACCUAAACACUAAGAGACUCAACAACGAGCUCCGUGGCAGUGCCGAGAACCUGUUCCUGAAAGAGGAGGGGGGCGGCGGAGGAGGAAGCUCUGCCACCUCCAAACAUUACAAAAACUCCUCCCCCCACAGCCACAACUCCACCAAUGGCAGCGUACCAUCCUCUUCAUCCAGUAGGAGUGAAAAGAAGCAGAAGUGUGCAGGGAAGAACCUUGCACCUCACAGAGAUCUGAUGGAGAACUGUAUACCUAACAACCAGCUCAGUAAACCAGAAGCAUUAGUGCGGCUUGAGCAGGACAUAAAGAAGCUGAAGGCUGACCUGCAGGCGAGCAGACAGGUGGAGCAAGACCUGCGCAGUCAGAUCAGCUCUCUGAGCAGCGCUGAGAGGAGCAUGCGCUCGGAGCUCGGUCAGCUCCGCCAGGAGAACGAGUUACUGCAGAACAAGCUUCAUAAUGCUGUGCAGGCCAAGCAGAAGGACAAGCAAACGAUUGUGCAACUGGAGAAGCGGCUUAAGGCAGAACAGGAAGCACGAGCCGCGGUGGAAAAGCAGCUUGCAGAAGAGAAGAAAAGAAAGAAGAUGGAAGAGGCCACAGCCGCACGUGCUGUCGCUCUGGCAGCUGCCUCCAGAGGAGAGUGCACUGAUUCACUGAGGAGUCGCAUACGUGAGCUGGAGUCGGAGUGCAAGAAGGUCACACAUGACAUGAAGCUGAAGGAGGAACAAAUCCGAGAGCUCGAGCUCAAAGCACAAGAAUUGCGCAAAUAUAAGGAGAACGAAAAGGACACCGAGGUUCUGAUGUCAGCGCUGUCGGCCAUGCAGGACAAGACCCAGCACCUAGAGAACAGUCUGAGUGCAGAGACCAGGAUCAAACUGGAUCUCUUUUCAGCGCUCGGAGACGCCAAGAGACAGCUAGAGAUCGCUCAAGGUCAGAUUUUGCAGAAGGAGCAGGAGAUAAAAGAGUUGAAGCAGAAAAUCGCAGAGGUCUUGGCGGUCAUGCCCAGCAUCACCUACUCGGCAGAGACCAACAGCAUGACCCCUGUGACCCCACAUUACUCCUCCAAGUUCAUGGACACCAGUCCUUCCAGCUUGGACCCCAAUGCCUCCGUCUACCAGCCGCUCAAGAAGUGAAUGUCCAAUCACAUCGUCCAAUUUGCUCUUAGAUUAGUCUAAGAAGUUCAGUAUGCAAACUAAUGGGAUGGACUAGUAUUUGUGUAUGGUUUACCCCUCCUCUGUUAGUAAGGCUCUUCUUCGUUGUUGAUAAAAUAAGUGGAGAAAAAAUAGAAAAAGGGAUGUCACAUUGACCAGAACUGCCCUCCUUGUUUACGGUUAUUUUUACACCUCAAUUCUUUUCUUGGUAAUGGCACUUCAGCCUGUCGUGGUUCUUUUGUCGUCCUCCAUCUGUUUUGUGAGAUCUUUAUGAAGAUCAUGAUUUUAUUAACACCGCCUCAUCUUUGUGUUAAAUCUGAACCGUUUUAUGUGCCAGUGACUUCUUUUACUUCCCUGGUAUAAACGUACCAUCUUUAGGUUUAUCGAAUGUAAAAAGAAAAGGGAAAAAGUAUUGAAAUGAGACGGAAGUAUUUGUGAUGGAAAAACUAUGUAUUUGUUGCGAUGGAGUGAUUUAAGAAUGCUUUUCAGUUCAAGUAUGACCACAGUAUUUUGCAUCCUUUUUUUUUUAUUAUUUUUUUUUUGAGGGAGGUAAAAAGCAUUUCAUUGCAGAUGUUGGAUCUGAGUUGGAAAUAUUUUAGGUGUCAGUUCCUCCUGUUGCUGUUUCCUAAAAGGUCGAAGACACGGAAAAAAAAAACCUAGGUAUUUAGGGACUGAUCUUCAAAUUGUAUUUGCUGACAAAAAUGCUGCAUAAAUAUUCGGGAAUGUUGUCGUAUUUUGCGGUUAAUGCAAGUCCUUUUUGUUACCGGACAAAAUUGAAAUAGAUUUUAGUUGAAGCCAGUUGAAAAGCUGAAAAUAUGAUGUCUUGUUUGCCAGUUAUGUUACACAGUGCCUUGAAAUAUGUUGUUUUAUAUAAUACAAGCCGUAUUCACCCACCCUUAGAAUCCAUCUGAUUGGUCAGCACCCAACAUGACCUGUUUUUUGGGGGGGGUUGUUGUUUUUUCAGCAUGGCAUUUAAAAUCAUCAGCCCUCUUGUUGCUAAGUGUUUUGUCAGCAGCAAGCCCACUUUCAUCCACUAGUUAUCAAUGUUCUACUGUUUCUGUUAUGUCUCUUAUUUACAUUGACAUGCUCACUGCAUUUUAUAAUACUUCCUGAAUGGUUUGAUUUUGGUAAAAUGUGCCAACUUUUCCUCCCUUCUUCCAUUUAAGGAUGAUGCAAACCAUGCUUUAUUUCAUAGAGAUAUUAUUCAGUGACUGGAACAACACCUUCGAAUCAAUCCAUUAAUGCCCCAUGACUGAGUUCUCCUCCACAUUUCUUCUUCAGUGGUUUAAGGUUUGUGUCAUGAUGGUUUAGUCCUUGUUUUUACAACAAGGCUUUCUUUGUUGAGUUGUCUACCUUGGGAAAGUAUUACUGUGGAUUGCAUAUGGUGUUUUUAUGGUAAACUUUGUUGAGAGUAAAGAACAUGUCUUUGUU